AUGUACUCUGUGGCUGACACCAUCCAAUUCCACACAAAAAAACAAUCUAAAGGAGACGAAAAGGACGUCAAUUAUACCGGUUUCAAAUACCCUAACGAGUGGACGCAAUCCUUUGUGAAGUGGACCGCCAACCACAGAAACUUCCACGUUACUUUCAGGGACAUGUACAACUACCCUGAAUUUGCCAAUUGGAUCCUAGAACACAAAUCCAACGUCGACCAAAUAAUCUCCGAAGAUGGUUUCCUUGUCGGCUUCCGCUACGACUUGAUUGUCCGGCAAAACGCCUUCUCCUACCAAGUAGAAACUGAUCAAGGGAUGUCAGCCAUGGAUAUAUCAAUCUUCAGGAAAGAAGUAAAGAGAGAAGCAUGGAAGGUCACCAGGAACCUAGAAGAAUUGGACUACUCUGAUAACCCUUAUGCGUUAGGAGGGCCUAAAUUCAAUUUCGACCCACAGACCGGCAAGCCAAGAAUCCCCAAAGAUAAAAACUUAGAAGACAUGACCCAGGGAAUGGAUAAUCAAUACCCCUCUAAAGGUAGAGGCGGAUUUAGACAAGGACAGGGCUCCGACAGAUUCCAACAAGACCGUCAAAACUCAGAUUAUGGUGCAUACCGUGAUGAAUCUUACGGCUACGAGUACGGUGGUGGCAUGAAAAGACAAAGAGAAGUCCAUCCUAGCGACAAUACCCCACACGGGAGAUUCGAAUCCUCGUCGACCCGCGGAGGCUACUCCAAAGAAAGGGCCAAUUUUGGGAGAGAGCGGUCAUUCAAAGGAGCCGGCAGGAUGGACACGCCAAAAGGCAAAGAAAAAGACCACUCGUAG